UUGAAAAAAAAUUGAAAGUAGACAAAAAAAAUGAAAAAAAGAAAACCAAGAAAUAGCGGAAGAAAAUGAUGAAAAUGCGUCUGCUGAUGAUAAUGAUGACAGUGAAAGGAGGAAAAAUUAUAUCAUGCUAUAAUCUAUUAAAGGUGAACGAAGUGUAGUGAAAAGUGUCUCUUAUUUCAGUGGGUUUCCAUUAAUAUUUCGUACAUACAGGAUAACGUGGGACAGCAGCAGUGAAGGCGAUGGACGCCGUGACGGGUCUGAGUCGCCUGCGUGUGACAGACUCUCCCCAGGACCUGCCGGCCACCCCAAGCCUGCCGCGGCCUCCGCCCCCCCUGUACCAUGAGGCGGUGGGCGGCCUUCACCGCGCGCCCCCGCCUCCCGUGGACACCUGCCUGCAGAAGUAUGCCUCGGAGACCUGCCUGCUGGGUGGCGGCACUGCGGGGGAGGGAGUAGGGGCCGUGGUGGAGGAGGGGCGGCGCGGAAGGUCCCAGUCCAACGCUGCCCUAUUGCGCUCCCCCCCCCGGGACAUCCCCACCCUGCGCCGCCCCGCCGCGGACUGUGCCCCGCGCCUCGAGGCGUUCCUGCCCUACCACAAGGCGCCCCCCGCGCAGGGCGUGGCUGGCGCCGCCACCUGCCACCCUAUCCCUAUCAUGGCCACGCCAACGCCGCGCCGCCCCAGCCUGGACUGCCCCCCCCUCUCUACGCCGCGGCGUGCCACCAGCCCACACCGCGACACCCGCCAGGCAUCCCCCGUCCCGCCCAGGGUGUGUGUGGCCCGCAGCCCCAGCCUGGACGCCUGCCUCCACACCGUAGGGGGCGCCGCUCCCUGGAACCUGCCCCACCACCACCACCACACCCAGGACCCAAUAGGCGCGGGCACGGGCGUGGGCGGUGGCGCGGGCGGCACGGAGCUGCUGAGCGUGGCGGCGGGCGUAGGUGUGUGCGGCAAGGCAGGGCGCAGCAAGAGUCCCUCCCUGGAUUCCGGCGUGUUCCUGGAGGCGGUGCAGGCUGCACCCACGCCGCCGCCGCCGCCCCACCACCGCCGCCCCUCCCAAGCCCUGCAGGAGGCGCCGCUGGUGGGCGAGGCGCUAGUGCCACCGGGCGGGGGGAGCCUGGAGCGCCGCCCCUCUGCCCAGAGCCUGCCCGACCUGUCUGGCCCAGCCCUGGACCACCUAUGUCCCGCCGCGCCCUCCCCGCCACCCCGGCAGGACACCGCGCCCCCGCCCUACCCACAACCUCACUCCCACCCACGCCAGGACAAGGGAGCCUGCACCGCCACCACCACCACCGCCACCACCACCAACCUGGUAGUGACCACACUGCGCCACAACACAGGUCGCAGGAUGCACCUGGACAACUACACGGGCAGCCAGGCGGGGUCCCCGGAGCCCCUCAUGCCCUCUGAACUCACUUGUGACCUCGGGGGGCUGAUCAGUCCCCUGGGGGAGUCGCCACACGCCUCUCCACUGGGCCCUCCCGCCUUCUCCCCACCCACCAUAAGCGUGGAGGCGCCUCAGGACUCCACCGGGGCGUCGCAGCUCGCCACGGCCAUGACCGCCCUGGGAGAACUGCACGGGGACCUUUACCUGUCAGGGGAGGAGUGGCCGCCUUCCCUGGAGAACAUGCUGACGGCCUUACCCGGUGGUUCCUCCCUCCCCCAGCUGGUGGUGACGGACCCGCGGCAGACACAGGAGCUGUUUAUACCCACGGCCGCACAGAACGCCCCCGCCACGGACCUGCUGGACCUGCCAACCACUGAGGGCUUCGACAUGUACCUCGGGGCCGCCUCCCCCAUGAGUGUGUCCGGGCGGCUCCUCCUGCCCUCACCCUUCGCCUCCAACCGCGGUUCGUUCAGCUCGUCACGGCGCAGGCAGUGCUCCACCUCCCCCAUGCACAUUGAUGGCCUGGACUGGCACGCUAUCAUCCGAUCGUCACCCACAUGCCUCCACACAGCCUCCCAGGGCCCGCCACUCUCCUCAUCCCCGUCAGGAGGGAGCUAUGGCCACCUAAUACCACGCCCUGACACCCUCACACCACAGCAACCACCACAGCAGCAACCAGGACAGCCACAAACACCAGAACGAGGCUACAAUUUUGAGUCCUUAGUGAGUGACGCCUCGCAGAAGACGCUCAAAGUUGAACCGGAUCUUUCACCUCCCUCCGCCACUCCUGCAGCGACCAACACGGCACACAGUGAAGAGGAGGGGCGUCCCGGAUCACCUGCUGAGGAUGACGGGCCGCGAAUGUGCCGCUGGGUGGACUGCAAUGCGUUUUUCGGGUGUCGGGAAGCGCUAUCGAGGCACAUUGAGAAGGCGCACAUUGACCAGAGGAAGGGCGAUGAUUUUACGUGUUUCUGGGCGGCGUGUCAGCGACGGUACCGGCCCUUCAACGCACGGUACAAGCUGCUGAUCCACAUGAGGGUACACUCCGGGGAGAAGCCCAACAAAUGUACCUUCGACGGGUGCACUAAAGCCUUCUCUCGCCUGGAAAACCUCAAGAUCCACCUAAGGAGUCACACGGGGGAGCGUCCUUACAUCUGCGUGUACCCUCACUGCAUGAAGGCCUUCUCCAACUCCUCUGACCGCGCCAAACACCAGAGAACACACGUCGAUGCGAAACCGUAUGUGUGUUCCGUGGCGGGGUGCAAGAAGCGUUACACAGAUCCUUCAUCACUCAGAAAACACGUCAAGAACCACACAGCGAAGGAACAAGCACUGGCUAAGAGAAAGAUACAUUCUCCUGACGAAGAGACGAGAGGACAAACGCCCCCCGGCCUCCUCCUGUCCCCGCCCUCCGCCCUGGACCCCUCAGCCCUCCAGCAGGACCAGUUUCAGUACAGCGACAGCUCCGUCCCAAAUCGGCGCGCCGGGGGACGUGGUGCGGUUCAGUCUGCGCUGCCACGUGUUGUCUCGCCGCCCCGCUGUGGAGACGCCGCCGCCGCUGGGCCUGCCGGAGACUCUGGUGCCAGAAUUCACACAAGAGGACCUGGACGCGUGGGUGAGCAUCUUCUGAGCCUGCAGGACCACCAGGCAGACCACCAUUUGAUCCCCAGUGACAGUAUAUAUGUGUCUGACUUGUACUAUGAAUCCAGUUACUGCCAGCCUCUCCAGUACCCAGUUACCAGUACGGGCCACCAUUUCACCUAUUCCCAGGCACCCUAUGGAGCCUACACUAACCCAAAUGACCCUAACUGUGCCUCUAACCCUCUCCCUGGCCAGCCUUACCCUACCCAGCACGGUACUUGAUUGGACAAAGACCCGUAGUGAUGUUAAUGAUUGGUGACUCUUGAAAAGGUUGCCUAUAUGGAGAGAACCAGGCGGCGGUGCUGGUGGUGGUGCUGGUGCCCUCUGGUGGUGGCCUUAUGUAGCCUUGGCGUUCUCCAGGGUCCUGUUGGGUUCUCUAGGGUCUUCUGUUAGGGUAUCUCAGGGUCCUGGCGUUCUGUAAGGGUCUUCGCUUGAGUUCCUAAGGGUAGUCUUGAGAUCUUUGCAGUUUUCCCGCCACUUUUACGCAAUGAAGCUCCUUUGGUGAGGCUGGAUUAAUAUAUCAAGCUCUCUCUCUCUCUCUCUCUCUCUCUCUCUCUCUCUCUCUCUCUCUCUCUCUCUCUCUCUCUCUCUCUCUCUCUCAGGAGUGCUGGAACCAAUGUCAGGCUCUCCGUGGCAGUUUCAGAAUGCAUUUAGUUCUGGAAUAGCUCUGGAAUCUAUUUGUUUAUUUUCUUUGUAAUUUUUGAGGUACUGGAAUGUACUAAUGGCGUUUUCUUCAGUACUGGAACCAAUGGAAGGUGUUUGAAUGGUACUGGAAUCCAUUUUGGUGCUUUGAAUGGUGCUGGGAUAUGUUGUUUUUUUAGAUUCCUGGAAACACUGGAAUAUUUUUGUACCGGAACCAAUUUGAAAUGUCUGGAAUUGUAAUUGUAAUCAGUACUGGAACCUACUCAAGUUAUUUUUAGUACUGGAGUUGUUUGUAUCCUCUUCCACAGUACUGGAACCUCUUUGGAAUCCAUUUGUGAUGUUUCCAGGCACAGUACUGGAACAACUAUUUAUAUUUUUGGAGUACUGGAACCAAAUGUAGCAUAUUUCUGGAGGAGGACUGGAACAUGUUUUUAAAGGUUCUGGAAUUUAUUUUUUGACUUUGGAACAAUGCUGGAAAACUGGAAUCCAUUUUUUGUACGUUGUUUGAGUAUUGGAACCAAAUUAGUGGGUUUCAAAUAGCGAACCUUGUUUUAAAGGGUAUUGGAAUCUGUUUUAGGGGAUUGAAACCCAUAUAAGGUCUUUUUAAGGGACUGGAACCCACUUGAGGUCCUUUUAGGGAAUUGAAACCCAUAAUAUAGAGGUUUCAGGCAAUAUUUUUUGGCAAUAUAGGAUGUAAGGGUGUUUGUCUGUAUAUAAUAGUACAAAAUGAUCGCCUUAAGUGUGUGUGUGUGUGUGUGUGUGUGUGUGUGUGUGUGUGUGUGUGUGUGUGUGUGUGUGUAUGUAUAGGUUAUGAAUUAUUUAUUAUUAUGACGGUAUUAUGAAUAUUUUUUAGUUUAUUAAUGCUAAGUCAAAUUUUCUGUAGGGGUUAUUGUAUGUGUGUAUGUUUGUUGGUGUAGUUAUGUAUAUCUUAAAAUAUUUAGCUUUUGUAUCCAUUUGUCAUCUUUACCUUCUCUUUGAAAAAUUACCAUUAUUAUUAUUAUUAUUAUUAUUAUUAUUAUUAUUAUUAUUAUUAUUAUUCAUUUAAGCUCAUUUUGCCAAAGAGUUCAUAUUUCAUGUUUAUUUAUUUAUUGUUUUCUUUAUUUCACUUAUCAUUUAUGUUCAUAGGGUUUUUUAUUGUGAAUUUAUUUAUUUAUCAUGUAUAUUUUUCAUUUAUCUAAUUCUCUCUAUCUAUCUAUCUAUCUGGCUAUCUCUCUACCUAGUUUUCUAUCUGUCCAUCUAUUUAUCUAUCUAUAUCUAACUACUUACUCAUUGCUUAAGUAUUUAUUCAUUCAUUUAUUCAUUAUUCAUUUCUGCAAUUCUUAUAUAUCACUUUCCUCUCAAUCAUUUCUCCACUUAAUUCACACCUGUGCCUUUUUCUUCCUCUUAACCCCUUCAGUACUGGGACGCAUUUUUACCAUGAGUUUUGUGUACGAUUAGACCAUUUUAUUAAUAUUAGGAAGAGUUUAUAGAGAAUUAAUGGCCACAGUUUUAACUAUUUUAACCCCCCCCCCACAUAAGUUUCUGAAGCUGUAUACCACCAAAUAAUCUGAAUUAAUAUAGAAAUGUGAGUUUUGGAUACAAUUAGAAGAUUAUUGACAUUAGGAAGGGUCUAUGGAGGUCAGAAGAAUAAUGGCCACAGUUUUCACUAUUUUAACCUCCCACAUAAGUUCCUGAAGCUGUAUACCACCAAAUGAUAACCAAAAUAAUAUUGAAAUGUGGGUUUUGGGUAAGAUUAGAACAUUUUAUUGACAUUAGGAAGGGUCUAUGGAGGUCAGAAGAUUAAUGGCCACAGUCUUCACUAUUUUAACCCCCCCCACAUAAGUUCCUGAAGUUGUAUACCAUUAAAUAGUAACCAGAAUGAAUAUGAAAACGCGUCCUGGUGCUGAAGGGGCUAAAAUUUACAUCCUACACAGUGCCUGGCUCUUUGGCAAAUUCCUUGUUCAUAGACGGUACCCUGGCUUCGAUUCCCGUCCCACUGUAGAAGGCAAGGCGACAAGGAAGACUAUCAGUGCUUUCAGUAGUGUACUAUGGACCUUAGCAGCUAGUGAGCGAAGGUCGUUAGUGACAAUUAGACUGUUCGUGUGUGUGUGUGAGUGAAUGUGAGUGAGUGAGUGAUGGUGGUGAUGAUAGUGAUAAAACUUGUACAGUGUUUUUGUGAUAAUAAAAUAUGAUAAUAGUGUU